AUGGCUUUUAUGGGAGAUACACUAUCACCAGCUCCUCUUUGGCAUAAUGGUCCAACUCCAGGAGCAUUUUACAAUUUUCCUGCGAAUUCAUCAAAUUUGGGGCCUGCAUCCCGUCCACUACAAGAUUUCCGAGCUCACUCUGCAAGUCCAAUAACGACAACAACAUCUGUUAUAGCUGUUAAGUUUGAUAAAGGCUGUGUAAUUGCAGCAGACACACUUGGUUCGUAUGGAUCUCUAGCUAGAUUCAGAGACUGCCCCCGUGUUAUGAAAGUCAAUGAUCUGAUUAUGCUUGGAUCUGGUGGUGAUUAUGCUGACUUUCAGUACUUGAGAGAUAUUAUUGAACAGAAAAUUAUUGAUGAACAGUGUCUUGGAGAUGGACUUAACUUAAAACCGCGGUCCCUACACUGUUGGCUAACAAGAGUGCUGUACAACAAGAGAAGCAAGAUGGAUCCAUUGUGGAAUAAUUAUGUUGUUGCUGGCAUACAGGAUGGUGAGCCUUUCCUUGGUGCAGUAGAUAAGCUUGGAACUGCAUAUGAAGAUGCAGCCAUUGCCACUGGGCUUGGAGCAUACAUGGCAACACCCCUAAUAAGGGAUGCAACUGAAAAGGGGCCGCUGAAUGAAGAGUCAGCCAAGGCCUUGGUUCGCAAAUGUAUGGAAGUUCUAUUCUAUCGAGACGCACGUUCGUUUCCCCGAUACCAGCUAGGUGUGGUGACAGCUGCUGGAGUUACAAUUGAUGAUACUGUAGAACUUAAACACGACUGGUCAUUGGCACACAUGAUUAAAAUGAAGUAA